AUGGCGAAAUCAAAAAAAGAGAAACAGGGACAGCGGGCGGCUCCUAGUGCACCAUUCGCAGCAAAAGUCGACUCGGUCGAUCCUGCUUUGGCCUCGUUAUUUGCUGCCAGUUCCGGUCCUGUUAAAAUACCCAAGAGACUUCCGCUGCCUGCGCUAGAACCCGUUGUCAACGAUGAUAUCUCGUCUGGCAUCGACGGCGACGACGUCAAAAAAGUUGGAGCCACCGGCGCUGAGACGAAAGAGGAUACCUCGAUACAAAUUUCCAGCAGCGACGAACGACCUCGGAAACGGAAGCGUGCAAAAGAUGCAGACGACCUCGAGGAAAAGUACUUUGAACGUCUUGAGCGCGAGGAAGAAAAAGAACGUCAGCAGAAGAAGCCGCGACAGAACGACAAUGAUGACCAAAGUUCCGGCGACCAAGACUCACUACAUUCCGACCUCGAAGAUAUCUCAGACGAGGACACGGCACCUGUGCCGAAAGAAAUACCGCGACACGAGACACUGACGCAGAAGUCGGACGAUGAAAGUCGAAUCAGCAGGACUGUCUUCCUGGGAAAUGUUUCAACAGAGGCUAUCAAAUCCAAGGUUGCACGACGAACUCUAGAGAAGCAUCUACAGUCUGCGCUUAAGGAAACGAGAGAUGGCGAAACCCCAGAAAGGCUUGAGUCUGUAAGGUUCAGGUCAACUGCUUAUGCUAGUGGUUCUGGUCCAAAGAAAGCCACCUUCGCUAAGAAAGAGUUGAUGGACGAGACAACCGUUAAUACUAAUGCCUAUGCUGUCUUUACAACAGAAACUGCGGCAAAGCGAGUCGCGAAAAAGCUUAACGGUACUAUUGUCCUAGACCGACAUCUCAGGGCCGAUUAUCUCGGUCAGCCAUCCACCACAGAUCACAGGAGAUGCGUCUUCAUCGGCAAUUUGACUUUCGUAAACCAAGAGAACGCUAUACCGGAUCAGAAUGAUGAUCAACCACGUCGACCUAGGGCCAAAGAACCAGCAGACGCCGAAGAAGGGCUGUGGCGAACUUUUGGUAAAGUCGGCAAGGUGGAAAGUGUCCGAGUAGUAAGAGACCAGGAAACGCGAGUCAGCAAAGGGUUCGCUUACGUACAGUUCGAAAGCGAAAAUAGCGUCGAAGCUGCCCUGCUAAUGAAUGACAAGAGAUUUCCGCCCAUGCUCCCCAGGAAAUUGCGAGUUAUGAGAGCGAAGAAGAUGAAGCCGUCAAAAUCAACACGAGUCAAGCCGCAUGAGAAGGACCAGGCGAAUAGGAAGGGUGGUUCCUAUCUUGACAAAAGGAAGAGCCUUGGAGGUGAUCAGAAGAAAUCAGGCUUUGUCUUUGAAGGCCAUCGUGCCAGCAGUGCAUCGAAAUUCGCCCUCACGAAGAAGAAGAAGCAUAAAAAGCGACCUGACACACGCAGCAGCCGACGAGGAGCCACUUUCAAAGCCGCCGGUGGCAACAAACGCAAGAGGCAAUGA